GGCCCCGCGUGCAGCGCCCGGCGCAGGCCCAGGCCAGGCCCAGGCCCAGGCCCAGGCCCCGGUGCGGCGCGAUGGGGCGGCCGCGGGGCUCCGGGGCACCGCGCUCGGCCCGGCGGCUGCGGCUGCCGCUGCCGCUGCCCUGCGCUGCCGCUGCCGCCCUCGGCCUGGCCGCCCUCGGCCUGGGGCUGGCGCUCGGCGCCUGGGCCCGGGGGGCUGCGCCCGCCCCGCAGGCGCUGCUGCAGGGGGGGGCGUCGGCGCUGGAGCCCCCCGGGCUCCUGCCCUGCGGCCUGAGCCAGGAGCAGCCGCGGCACCGGCGCGCCGCGCCCCGGAAGAGGCCCCGAAGCCGCAAAGCUGCCGCCGCCCCGGCCUGGGCCGCCCACUACGAAGUUCAGGCCGGAGCGUCGCGGGACGGGAUCCUGGCAGAGGCGGACGGGACGAUCCGGGGCUGGGCCGAGUCGCGGCUCAACGCGACGUCGCCGCUGAGCUACGACCCGGCGAGCGGCGGCUUCCGCGUGGCCCGGCCGGGCCUCUACUACCUCUACAGCCAGGUGCGCCGGACGCCUGGGCCCCCGGACGCCUGGGCCCCUUGGACGCCUGGGCCCCUCGGACGCCUGGGCCCUGGGAGGGGCGGGAGGGGGGGGGCUGCACCCGGCCAGGCCUCUACUACCUCUACAGCCAGGUGCGCCGGACGCCUGGGCCCCCCGGACGCCUGGGCCCCCCCGAACGCCUGGGCCCCUCGGACGCCUGGGCCCCAUGGGGGGUGGGGGGGGGCUGCACCUGGCCGGGCCUCUACUACCUCUACAGCCAGGUGCGCCGGACGCCUGGGCCCCCCCGGACGCCUGGGCCCCCCCGAACGCCUGGGCCCUGGGAGGGGCGGGAGGGGGGGGCUGCACCCGGCCAGGCCUCUACUACCUCUACAGCCAGGUGCGCCGGACGCCUGGGCCCCCCCGGACGCCUGGGCCCCUCGGACGCCUGGGCCCCAUGGGGGGUGGGGGUGGGGCUGCACCUGGCCGGGCCUCUACUACCUCUACAGCCAGGCGCACUUCGACGAGGCGGGCACGGCCUACCUGAAGCUGGAGGUGGCGGUGGGGGGGGCGCUGGCGCUGCGGUGCCUGGAGCAGCUGCCGCCGCCGCGGCCCGGGGACGCCGGGGCCCCUCUGCGCGGCUGCCGCCUGGGGGGGCUGCUGGCGCUGCCGCCCGCCGCCCCCCUGGCCCUGCGCACGCUGCCCCGCGUCCGCCUCAAGCCCGAGCCCUACCUCACCUACUUCGGCCUCUUCCAGCAGUUGAAGGGACAGGUUAGAGGCAGGGGGAGGCCGGCCCGGACGCCUGGGCCCCCGGGAGUGACGCAGGGGGUCCUGGCCGCCUGGGCCCCCGGGAGUGACACGGGGUCCCGAACGCCUGGGCCCAUGGGGGCGGGGGGGCGGUGGCUGGCGGGGGGGGCGGCCCUGGGGGCCCUGCUCUGCCUGGCGGCGGUGCUGGAGCAGCGGCGGGAGCUGGGGGAGCUGCGGGCGCAGCUGGAGGCCCUGCGCGGGCGGCUGCAGGACCCCUGGAGCGGCCGCGACCGCCGGGCGCUGGGGACCCCCCCGGCGAGACCCCAGAGGUCCCGCACCCGGGCCGUGCUGCACCUCGUCCCCAACAGCCGCUUCAGCAUCGGCGAGGGGGACGUGACGGAGGUGGCCUGGGAGCCGGUGCUGCGCCGGGGCCGGGCGCUGGAGCCCGCCGGGCCGCUGGUGGCCGUGCGGCGCCCCGGCCUCUACCUCGUCUACAGCCAGGUGCUGUUCACGGACCCCACGUUCACCAUGGGGCAGGUGCUGGUGCGGGGGGGGCGCCGGGGCCCCCCCCAGCCGCUGCUCCGCUGCGUGCGCAGCAUGGCCGCCCCCCCCCGCGCCCACGCCUCCUGCUACACCGCCGGCGUGUUCCGGCUGCGCAGCGGCGACCGCCUGCGCCUGCGAGUGCCGCGGGCCAACGCCUCCUUCGACCUCAGCGCCCACGGCACCUUCCUGGGCAUCGUCCGCCUCUAGCGCCGGCCCCCGCGCCCGGGAGGCGAGGGGCCCCGGCGUCCGGGCGAGGAAGGGCCCCGGCGUCCGGGCUGCGAGGGGCCCCGGCGUCCAGGUGGCAAAGGGCCCUGGUGUCCGGGGACCCCGGUGUCCGGGCUGCGAGGGGCCCCGGCG